AAAUUUAAAAAAAAAAAAAAUCACAGUAAAUCCAAAAUAUUCCAUUUCUCCAGCUUUCCUUUUCUGAGAGACAGCCGGCGGGAAGGCCUCCAGGCUCCAGAUCGAUAUCACUAGUCAAUUGAAGCUGCCGGACAUUGGAAUACGAUGUCUAUGGUUGAAGAACCAUUGUAUCCGAUAGCUGUCCUCAUAGAUGAGCUAAAAAAUGAUGACAUCCAACUUCGUUUGAACUCGAUCCGUAGGCUUUCAACAAUUGCACGUGCUCUUGGGGAAGACCGGACCAGGAAGGAAUUAAUUCCAUUUUUGAGUGAAAACAAUGACGAUGAUGAUGAGGUGCUUCUUGCAAUGGCUGAGGAACUGGGAGUGUUUAUUCCCUAUGUUGGGGGUGUUGAGCAUGCCCAUGUUUUGCUGCCACCUUUGGAAACCCUUUGCACUGUUGAAGAAACCUGUGUAAGGGACAAAGCUGUCGAGUCAUUAUGCAGAAUUGGAUCUCAGAUGAGAGAGAAUGACUUAGUUGACUGGUUUAUUCCUCUAGUUAAGAGGCUGGCUGCUGGUGAAUGGUUUACUGCUCGAGUUUCAGCCUGUGGGUUGUUUCAUAUUGCUUAUCCAAGUGCCUCCGAGAUGCUGAAAACAGAAUUACGGUCAAUAUACAGUCAAUUGUGUCAAGAAGACAUGCCCAUGGUAAGAAGGUCUGCCGCGUCAAAUCUGGGGAAAUUUGCUGCGACAGUUGAAUCUGCUUAUUUGAAGGCUGACAUCAUGCAAAUAUUUGAGGAUCUUACACAAGAUGAUCAAGAUUCAGUUCGAUUAUUGGUUGUUGAGGGAUGUCCCACUCUUGGAAAGUUGUUGAAGCCCCAGGAUUGUGUUGCACACAUUCUCCCUGUAAUUGUCAAUUUCUCCCAGGAUAAAUCUUGGCGUGUGCGUUAUAUGGUUGCAAAUCAAUUAUAUGAACUUUGUGAUGCUGUGGGACCAGAGCCAACUAGGACUGACUUGGUGCCUGCAUAUGUGUGGUUACUUCGUGAUAAUGAGGCUGAGGUUCGCAUAGCAGCUGCUGGAAAAGUAACUAAAUUUUGUCGAAUUUUGAGUCCUGAACUUGCAAUCCUACAAAUUCUUCCUUGUGUUAAGGAACUGUCAUCAGAUUCUUCCCAACACGUCCGCUCAGCUUUGGCUUCAGUUAUAAUGGGAAUGGCUCCAGUCCUUGGAAAGGAUGCAACUAUUGAGCAGCUUCUUCCAAUAUUUCUUUCGCUCUUGAAGGAUGAAUUUCCUGAUGUGCGCCUCAACAUAAUCAGCAAGCUUGAUCAAGUGAAUCAGGUUAUUGGAAUUGAUCUAUUGUCCCAAUCCUUAUUGCCAGCCAUCGUUGAGCUUGCAGAGGAUAGACAUUGGAGGGUUCGGCUUGCAAUAAUUGAAUAUAUACCAUUAUUGGCAAGUCAGUUAGGUGUUGGGUUUUUUGAUGAUAAACUUGGUGCCCUUUGCAUGCAAUGGUUGCAAGAUAAGGUUUACUCUAUUCGAGAUGCAGCUGCUAACAAUUUAAAGCGACUUGCUGAAGAAUUUGGCCCAGAUUGGGCAAUGCAGCACAUUAUUCCACAGGUAUUAGAGAUGGUUAACAAUUCAAACUAUUUGUAUCGGAUGACCAUUCUUCGUGCCAUUUCUCUUCUUGCUCCUGUUAUGGGCUUAGAAAUAACAUGUUCUAAACUGUUGCCAGUCGUCAUCAAUGCAUCAAAAGACAGGGUCCCAAACAUUAAGUUUAAUGUGGCAAAGGUUUUGCUGUCCCUGGUUCCUAUCGUUGAUCAAUCUGUGGUGGAGAAGACAAUACGUCCUUGCUUGGUUGAGCUCGGUGAGGACCCAGAUGUGGAUGUCCGCUAUUUUGCUAAUGAAGGACUUCAGUCAAUCCAUCAUGUCAUGAUUUCGAGCUAGGCCACACCUGUUCCUAGGAUUCACUGCCGAAACCUUCCCAAUCGUCAAAGAUCACUUUGCUGGAGAUGCUUUGCUUUUGCUCGUUAGGUUGGUUGUCUUUUGUAAUUUGUAAUGCUCUGUAGCUUUGUUGUUUCUUGUGGGCUAUGGCUGAUAUGUAGACAAGCCAUAUUUGGCUACUGAAAAUGUGUUCAAGCUUGAGAGACAUAUCCCUAAUUAAUCUUUGAAAUAUGUGAUUUUUUUGUGUUUAUAUUUGAUUAAACUUUAUAUUUAGAUCUUAAAAGAAAAUCAUGCCCCUGCCCCUGGCUGAGGAAUUUUUGCAAAGCUACAUUAUGCCCUGCAAUACAAAGAAUGCUGGUUAC